AUGUCGAACAACAAUGACAUGUCUCGUUACAAAUACGAGGAGAUGUCCUCUAUUGUGGUGCAGGCCGAUAGAAGGCACAUCAACAGAGAGAGUGGCGAAGACAAGGCUAUUCCCGAGUCUUUAGUGGGAAAGAUCAACGUUAAGGAUAUGGGAUCUGGUGUGCGACGGGAGGUUCCGGAUGCUGGGGUUCGUCAACAGCAGGAAAAGAUGGCACGCAAGGAACGAAUGACUUCCAAGCCUACUUCGGUCUACUCUUCCAGCGGUUUGUACACUCCACAAAUGCCUCAAACUCGUGAAGCGUUUGAGCUGCUCAUGGCAUGGACGGGGCGUGUUCUUGGGGAUGUAUCACACGAGACUAUCUGUGCUGUUACGGACGAGUUGAUCGCUACUCUACGAGACGAGAAGCUGCAGGACAAGCAGCGGCAAAAGGAGAUAGAGAGCAUUGUUGGAAAACUAUCCAACACGGACUUCAACCAGGCCAUGAGUUUGGCUGCUCGUCUUACUGACUAUGCUGAGAAUCAGGACGAGGAGAUGGCUGACGAUGGAGAGAGCGGAGUGGCUGUGGUUUUCGACGGAAGCGACGACGAGGACGCCAUGGACCUUUCCGAAGAUGAUGAGGAUUUGAGUGAUAUGGACGGCGAUUACGUUCGACGUGUGCCUGUUGCUCAGAGGGAGGGCGAGGAUGAGGAAGAUAUGGACGUGGAGCAGACUGUUGUGGAGGCUGCCAAGGAGUCCGAUUCAGACGUAAUCCCUGCUACAGAAAUCGACUCGUUCUGGCUACAACGUGAAAUUGCAUCCCUAGUCGGUGGUGAUCAACAGGAGAGUAUUGAUCUAUCUCGUCGGGUGUUUGAUAUUCUUGCCGGGGAGUCUUCUCUGCGUGAGACUGAGAACGAACUGUCUGAGGCCUUUGAUUUCGACCAUCUCGACUUUGUCGCCAAGCUGUGUCAUAACAGAGACCGCGUUGUUUGGAUUACACGACUUCAGCGAGCCGAUGGACCUGAGAAGGACACUGUGAAGAAGCAGAUGACGUCUUUGGGACUGGCAUCUCUCGUCUCUGAGCUACACGGUGAAACGGAGACUUCGGAAGAUGUGGAUAUGGACGUCACAGAAGAUGCUUCUCAGACUUACGUUCCCAGAUACAUUGAUACACAGUCACUUGUGUUUGAUCAGGGUGCUAGACUCCUGACAUCUUCGAAGGUCAAGCUCCCAGCAAACACUACAAAACACAGCACCAGUCAGUACGAAGAGUUUGUCAUUCCUGCUCCUGAAAGAGCUAUCCCUGAUGCUAAUGAGAAGGUGGUAUCAAUCGCUGAUAUGCCUUCUUGGACACAUGUUGGCUUUUCUGAUACCAAGUCUCUCAAUCGAAUUCAGAGCAAGGUGUUCCCCUGUGCAUUCGAAUCUGACGACAACAUGCUUAUUUGUGCACCCACCGGUGCUGGUAAGACCAAUGUUGCAUUCCUGGCCAUGCUGCGGUGCCUGUCUCAUUUCAGAGCUCCCAAUGGAGGCUUUAGAACCAAUGACUUCAAGAUGGUGUACAUUGCCCCGCUCAAGGCUCUGGUCCAGGAGCAGGUCCGAGAGUUCAGCAAGCGACUCAACUCCAUGGGAUUGAAAGUGUCCGAGUUGACUGGUGAUCAUAAUCUGACUAAGCAGCAGAUUGCAGAGACUCAGCUGCUGGUGACCACGCCGGAAAAAUGGGAUGUCAUCACCCGAAAGGCUGCCGAUUCCAGCUACACCAACCUCGUCAGACUGAUUGUUAUUGAUGAGAUUCAUUUGCUGCAUGAUGAGCGAGGACCUGUCCUUGAAAGCAUUGUUGCGCGAACAACACGUCGGUCAGAGCAGACUGGAGACCCUGUUCGAAUCGUUGGUCUCUCUGCCACGCUUCCCAACUUCAAGGAUGUCGCAUCGUUUCUUCGAGUUGGUGAGACAGGUCUUUUCUACUUUGAUUCCACUUUUAGACCUUGUCCUCUGGGACAGCGGUUCCUUGGUAUCACCGAGAAGAAAGCUUUCAAGCGAUACACAGCCAUGAACGACGCAUGCUUCGACAAAGUGAUUGAAAACAUCAAGGCUGGACACCAGGUGAUUGUCUUUGUGCACUCCCGAAAGGAGACCGCCAAGACAGCUCGAAUGCUGCGAGAUCGUGCCAUGGACGAGGGCCUGCUGCCUCUUUUUUGUGCCUCUGAUGGCAGUCGUCGAACUCUUGCAGAGCGUGCCCAAGAUCCUGAACUCGAUGCCACACAGAAAGAGAUCAUCGGAACUGGUCUCGCUACCCAUCAUGCUGGUCUUGCACAGGUUGACCGUAAGGCUGCGGAGGAGCUCUUUGCUGAGGGACAUGUCCGUGUUUUGGUGUCUACUGCCACUCUGGCUUGGGGUGUCAAUCUUCCCGCACAUACCGUCAUCAUCAAGGGUACUCAAAUUUACAAUCCUGCCAAGGGUCAAUGGACCGAGCUGUCUCCUCAGGACGUUCUCCAGAUGCUUGGUCGUGCUGGUCGACCUCGAUACGACGACUCUGGUGAAGGUAUCAUCAUUACUACCCACGGGGAACUCAACUACUAUCUGUCGCUGAUGAACCAACAACUCCCUAUUGAGUCUCAGCUUAUGUCACGGCUGGAGGAUUCUCUUAACGCAGAGGUUGUCGGUGGCACAGUUUCUUCGGUGGGUGAUGGUAUUCAGUGGCUAGGUUAUACUUACCUCUACGUCCGAAUGCUUGUUUCUCCUGGUAUAUACCUUGUUGGAUCUAAUCCCGAUGAUGCCGCUCUUACUAACCGACGUGCCGACCUCGUUCAUUCGGCUCUCAGCAACCUGGCCAAGUCUGGUCUCGUCAUCUACGACACCAAGACUGGCCGUGUGCGUGCCAACGAUCUAGGUAGAGUGGCUGCACAUUACUACAUCACUCACUCGUCUAUGCGAACAUACCGAAUUUCUCUCAAGCCCCAUUUCUCCAUUGUGGAGCUGUUCCAGGUGUUCUCCGCCUCUGAGGAGUUCAAAUAUGUGGGAGUUCGCCAAGAAGAGAAGCUAGAGUUGGGAAAGUUGCUGGAAUCGGCACCCAUCCCUGUUCGAGAGUCCGUUGAGGACUCCACUGCCAAGAUCAACGUUCUUCUUCAGGCUUUCAUUUCCCGACUGAGUCUCGAGGGCUUUGCACUGGUAUCCGAUAUGAUAUACGUGACCCAAAGUGCCCAGCGUCUGUUCCGAGCCAUCUAUGAGUUCUGUCUGAGAAAGAAAUGGGCUCGACUAGCCCGAAUUACCCUUGACGUGUGCAAGAUGGUUGAGCAGCGUCUGUGGCUAUCCUCUUGUCCUCUCCGUCAGUUUCCUGACUGCCCUGCUGAGGUUGCCAAGAAAAUUGAGGCUUCUGCUAUGCCUUGGAAGCGGUACUUAUCGCUGGAGAAUGCAGAACAGGUUGGAGAAGCUAUCCGAACUCCUCGAUAUGGCACUCCUGUGUUCCGAAUGCUUCAGAAGUUCCCCCAGCUCAAGCUGUCUGCUCGCGCACUGCCCGUUACUGCCUCUCUCGUGCGACUGGAGAUUGAGGUGGAGCCCAGUUUUGAGUGGGACGUUUCUAUUCACCAUGGUUCCGAGCCUUUUGCUCUGACUGUGGAAGACGGAGACGGUGAGAAGAUUCUUUACUCGGACUCGUGGACCCUACGGCGAGAUUACGCCACUGAGACUCACUUAAUUGAGGUGUCUGUCACUGUUGCUGACCCCCGACCUCCUCAUCUAUUUGUGACUCUGUCUUCCGAGAGAUGGUUGCACGCCGACGCUCGUCUGGCUGUGCCUUUGCGAAACAUUGUCUUCCCAGGAAAGUUCCCAGCCCCUACUCAGCUUAUUGAUCUGCAGCCUGUCCCUGUUGUUGAGCUAAAGCGAGCCGAUUGCGCCGGGCUCUACGACUUUUCUUUCUUCAACAAGAUCCAAUCGCAGCUGUUCAGACCUCUUGUGGAGGGCGACGGCUCCGUCUUUGUUGGAGCUCCUCCUGGGUCUGGUAAGACUGUUCUCGCCGAGCUGGCUCUACUGAGACUGUGGAAUGAAGAUGCUGAUGCCAAGACUGUGUACUUGGCUCCCACACAAGCCCAAGUUGAUGCUCGCUACGAUGAUUGGAGUCAGCGAAUGAACGAGAUUCAUGGAGGAAAGACCUUCUCAAAGCUGUCUGGUGAGCUUGCUGCUGACUUACGGAAGCUGGCCACCUCCGAUGUGGUUUUGGCCACUCCUAACCAGUGGGAUUCUUUGUCUCGACGGUGGCAGAAGCGAGCUGCUGUCAGAGCUGUAAGCCUGUUCAUUGCCGACGACGUGCAUCUGGUUGGCGGCGAUGGUACCUACGAGACUGUCGUUUCUCGAAUGAGAUAUAUCGAUGUACAGUUGCAGGAGAGUGGUGCUGGACGACCUCUUAGAAUUGUCGGACUGGGUGUUCCUGUUGCCGAUGGAGUAGAUAUGGCUGGAUGGCUUGACGCCACUCCCUACAACUUCAAACCUUGGACUGCUUCUCCUACCAAUAUCCACAUUCAGUCGUUGUCCAUCCCUCAUCACCCUUCUCUCAUGCAGGCUUUCCUUCGACCUACAUACAAUGCCAUUCUUGAGCUUGCUCCCCCCAAGCACUCCCAGACUGUGAUCUUUGUGGACUCUCGUCGAACUCUUGUGGAUGUGACCAUUGGUCUUUCCACGAUUGCGGACGAGCAAGUUCUGGUGCCUCCUGUUCCUGAGGACUCCAAUUUGGAGCUUGCUAUGGCACAGGUGACUGACAACACUCUCAAGGAGGCCAUUCAGAGCGGUAUUGGCCACCUCUACCCCAGCAUGUCUUCCAGAGACCGUAAGAUUGUGUUGGCACUGUAUGCUGAGCAGUCCAUCUCCACAAUCAUUGCUACCCGUGAGGAAUGUUGGACCUCGCCUCGUUCUCAACUGAGUGUCAUUCUUGGUACCCAGACCUACGAGGGAUCUGAGCACCGAUACGUCAACUACCCCAUCUCUACGGUCUUGCAGAUGAUUGGACAGGCUUCCAACGACGCCCUGGUGCUGACUCCCGCUGCUGCCAAGGACUACUACCUGCGGUUCCUCAACGAUUCUCUUCCUGUGGAAUCCAACUUGGGAGCAUCCCUACAUGAUGCUCUUUUGGCAGAGAUCUGUGAGAAAGUGAUAGAGUCCAUGGAUGACACUGUGGCCUGGUUAACCUACACGUACCUGUACCGACGCCUGCAUGCCAAUCCUGGUUUCUACGGUGUCCCUGACCGAUCAGAUGAUGCUCUCAACGUCUAUCUUUCUGAGCUCGCUGAGACUACUGUAGAACAGCUUGUUGAGGCAAAGAUGGUCGAGAUGGACGACGAGGGUGGAUUGGAGCCUCUCAAUGCUGCAUCCAUUGCAUCCUACUACAACGUGUCUUUCGAUACUAUGGCUACUCUCACAUCUGCCCUCUCUCCCAAGAGUAAGUAUAGAUCUAUCUUGCAGGCUGUCACCACUGCAGCUGAGUUUGACUCUCUUCCCAUCCGAAACCACGAGGACAUUCUGUUGAGACGUCUUUAUGGCCACAUCCCCUGGAAGCUUCCCGAGCUGGACUCUGCUGUUCUUCUCACUCCUGCUUUCAAGGCCUUUGUGCUGGCUCAAUGUCAUAUUGCUCGGCUGAAUCUCCCUUCGGAGUUGACUGCUGAUCAGGCCGAGGUUGUCCAGCUGCUGCCUACCCUGCUGGCUGCCUCUGUUGAUCUUCUGGCUUCUGAGGGCCAUCAAUCAUGCAUGUACGCAAUGGACCUGUCCCAAAUGGUUGUUCAAGCUACUCUUGAGUCUGAUUCGCCUCUGCGACAGGUGCCUUUUUUCACUCCCGAAAUCAUCGACGAUCUCAGGGGGGCGGGGGUUGAGGCAGUCGGAGACAUUUCCGAGCUGGACGAGGACAAGCUCAAGGGCAUUCUCAACUUUACUGCGAAGCAACUCAAGCGUGUCAUUGACUUUGUGGACGCCUACCCAAGUAUUCAGCUCAGCUAUGAGCUUGCUGACUCUUACGCUACUAACGAUGUCGGAACCAUCGAGGUCACUGUGGAGAGAGAUGUGUACGAGGAGGAUGAGCGUGCUAAUCUGGAGGUGGUUGCUCCCCUGUUCCCCCAGCCCAAGACGGAGAACUGGUGGAUCGUGGUUGGAAAUACCAAGACAAAGCAGAUUUUUGGUAUCAAGCGAGUCACCUUGCCUCUCGAGUCCCAGACUUUCAACAUCGAUGUCUCGUUCCCCGAGCAUGGAGAGGUCAGUGGUCACGUUUGGUGCAUUUGCGACUCGUAUGUUGAUGCGGAUGCCGAGAAGAAGUUCACAGUGACUGUGGCUGAGGGUGAGGAAGCGGAAGAGGUUGAAAUGGAGGAGUAA